AUGGACUCGCGAAUCAAUACAGUGAAAAUAUUUAGCUCUUUAUUCUUUUUCUGGCGCAUUUUGGGUUUCACCACCAGCUGCAAUAAGUACCUCAUCGGCCUCUAUGAUGUAUUUGUGACCAUAGUCGUCACUUUCGCCUUUCCUGCGCAUUUACUUCUGGGCGCAAUAUUUACUGACGAGCGAGAGGACAUUUUCAUCAAUUUAGCAAUUGGCAUUUCCGCAAUUGCCUGCACAAUUAAACAUUUCAUGCUACGUCCGCACUUACAACGAAUUGUUGCUUUGAAUAAAACUCUCCAACAAUUAGAUGAACGAGUGCGAAGUGAUGAGGACACCCACUACUACAUAAAAUAUAUGCGCAACCGUUCAGUUUUUAUGAUGCUUUUCUACGUCUACGUUUACUUCUCGGUGGGCGUCAUGGCGGUGCUUUCAGCUUUGUGGACUGGAAAAAUACUAUACCCCGCAUAUGUGAUCGUAGACUGGCGCAGCACGACGUGGAAAUAUUUGGUGGUAAUGCUUUAUCAAUCGUACGGCUUGAAUAUGCAAAUCAUACAAAAUCUCACCAACGAUACUUAUGGGCCAAUAGUUUUAUGCCUACUCGCCGGCCAUGUGCACUUGCUCUCCAGGCGUGUUGCGCGUAUAGGUCAUGAGAUCACAAGCGAAACGGAUGAAAACUACAGAGCACUUGUGAUUUGCAUUGAGGACUACAAACUGCUGAUGAGCACAACCAAGCGCGUGGAAAGCAUCAUUUCGAGCAGCUACAUGGUGCAGUUCACUGCAGUUGGAAUUAAUGUCGUGGUUGGUCUAGUAUAUCUGCUUUUCUAUGCGGAUAAUAUCUUCGCUUAUGGCUACUAUAUUUUUCAUAUUUUGGCCAUAAUGAUCGAAAUUUUCCCUUGCUGCUACUAUGGCAGUUUGGUGCAGGCGGAAUUUCAUGCGCUGUCGUAUGCCAUUUUCACCAGUAAUUGGUUGACACAGCCACGCCCCUACCAUCGCAAUCUUAUUACGUUUGUGGAGCUAUCUUUGAUGGAUGUCACAGUAACGGCGGGCGGCAUGAUGCGGAUACAUUUGGAUUCAUUUUUUAAGACCUGCAAAAUGGGCUACUCCUUUUUCACCGUCUUGCAGAGUCUGAAACAGUGA